AUGGAAGGUCGGCCUGAAGCUGGCCGAGACCAGCCCCCUGUGGUACCUGCAAUUCCUGUGGGACAGGCCGGUCAGGCAAUGCCUGUAGGACAGGCGGGUCCUGCAAUGCCUGUAGGACAGGCCGGUCAGGCAAUGCCUGUGGGACAGGCCGGUCCGGCAAUGCCUGUGGGACAGGCGGGUCCGUCAAUGCCUGUGGGACAGGCGGGUCCGUCAAUGCCUGUGGGACAGGCGGGUCCGUCAAUGCCUGUGGGACAGGCCGGUCCAGCAAUGCCUGUAGGACAGGCAGGUCCUGCAAUGCCGGUGUUGCAAGCGCAACCAAUGGAAGUGGACCCACGCCCUGCCCGUCCUGAGCUUGCGAUGCCGGCGUUGCAGGCUCAACAACCACUGGCAGCAAACGACGAUGAGAGUGAGGAUGAGAGUGAGGAUGAGAGUGAGGAUGAGAGUGAGAAUGAGAGUGAGGAUGAGAGUGAGGAUGAGAGUGAGGAUGAGAGUGGGAAUGAGAGUGGGAAUGAGAGUGAGAAUGAGAGGCGACAAGAUGAGCUCCGUGCUCCAGCACAGGAAGUAGCGGCCCUGGAGGUCGUGGUCGAUCCUGCACCUCUUCCUGUACCUGCUGCCUUACCUUUGCCUGUCCAUCCUGUACCUGCUGCCUUACCUUUGCCUGUCAAUCCUGUACCUGCUGCCUUACCUUUGCCUGUCAAUCCUGUACCUGCUGCCUUACCUUUGCCUGUCAAUCCUGUACCUGCUGCCUUACCUUUGCCUGUCGAUCCUGUACCUGGUGCAGGUGACCUUCCUGUCGAUCCUGCACCUGGUGCAGGUGACCUUCCUGUCGAUCCUGCACCUGGUGCAGGUGACCUUCCUGUUGAUCCUGCACCUGGUGCAGUAGACUACGCACCUCCAGGUGUCGUCUACGCUCCCCCUGUCUGGCCAGGACGAGAUCAACUGCCAAGGAUGUUUCCCGUGCUCGUUGCUGCACCAGCUGCCUGGCAUCCACACGCUCCACCACCUAAUGGGCCCUUCAACUUCUUUGUCAUCAACCUGACAGCCAGGGACAUGAUGGACUUCCUCGGGCAGCAGCAGGGACGGGGAGCGUUUGUGCCAGCACAAAGGAGGAACUUUGCUGAAGCAGACAGGAGACUGCAUCUCCCUCCUGUCCCUCCUCUCCCUCUCCCUCCUCCCCCUGCUGCUGCUGCUCAGUCAGUGUUCAAGCAUCGCAGCUGCAGAGAAACUUGUGCGGUGUCGCAGUCAGACACGCGAGAGAUAGGCACGGGGCUCUUUACACGGGAAGAAAUGGAGGUUGAGGAAGAAGAGGAAGAAGAGGAAGAAGAGGAACAGGAGAAAGAGCAGGAACAGGAGGAAGAGCAGGAACAAGACUAA